AUGGGAACUGCGAAGACACGUUUCCUCAAAGGUUUACGCAAUUCAAAUAUUUUUGAGGCUUCCAUGUUGGUGAAUGUAUCUGAUCUGUCGUCCACCUUUCAAGAGAUUGUGCAACAGAACUUCCAAGAAAAGACCGCGAUUUUGAUUCUUGUGGCGCCGGAUGUGGAUGCCCUUUGCGCGUGCCGUAUUUUAACUACAUUACUUCGUUCUCAUAAUAUUAUGUACAAGAUUAAGCAAAUAUCGGGUUAUGUGGAUAUGAGCCGUGUCAAUCAAACCUGUGUUGUCGAUAAUGAUGAGCUGUCAACGAUCAUUAUGCUGAAUUGUGGAGCAACAAACGACUUGAAAAGCAUCCUCACCUUUUCGGAUAGCUUAAAAUGCUAUGUCAUCGAUUGCCAUCGUCCUGUUGUGAUUAACAACAUUGUUGUGAUCAACGAUGGAUCGAUCGACAUGGCCGAUAUCCCUAGCGAAAUUUCGGAGGAUGAGGACGAUGUGGAGGACGAUUCUCUGUCAGAAGGCUUGGAAGACGACGUUUCGGACACCGAAUUGGAAAAUCGAAAGCGCCAACGAGCUGAGCGAUUAGCCUAUUUGCAGCACAAGGACAAGAAAAGACGAAUGAUCAACGAAUACAAUGCUUUCAACUUUUAUUCGCGGCCAGCGUCGAUCAUCGUAGCGUUGGGUUUUUGUUUUGAAAUGCAGUUGCACAGUGUAAUGAGACAACUCGAUCAACUUCACAAUGAUAUGAUUUGGCUGAGCAUUGUGGGUGUCACAGACCAGUAUUUGCAGAAUCAUAUUAGUCACUCGAGCUAUGCUGUGUGUUACACGGAGAUCUUAUCCACAGUGAUGAGUCUCAAUUUGCAGGACGAAGAGAGUGUGGGAUGCAUUCGACAGUCAUGCGAGCCUCGAUUGCUUCUGUAUCGCUUCUGGUCGUUGUAUGAAAGCAUGCUGAAUUCUGAAUAUCUCGUAUCGAAGCUGCAAUUGACGCAGUCGAAGAACCAAAUCCACGUGAACGAAUUACUCACCAAGGCAGGGAUUUCAUUGCACGACAGCAAACAACCCUUUAAAUAUGUGUCGCUGCAAGUGAGGAGCCAACUGAAUGAGCGUUUGAAGAACGUGAGUUCGCUCUUUCACACCGAUGAUCUUUUCUAUGACUCGUUCGUUCGUCGUUAUGUUCUUUCUCACGAAAAGACACGCGAACCGAGUUUUCAGCCGCGGAUGUUGCGCGAUGACGAUGUGGUAAACGAACACUGGGAGGAGAAUUGGAAUCGUGCCUACGAUGCUUUGCUCACCGAUCGCAAUUUGCCUGCUCUUUUGCAGGGAGUUUCGUAUUGUCAGAAGCAGCAGCAAGCCUUAUUCCGCGUGGGUGCUGGGAUUUUAGCGGGAGGGAAAAUCCGGAUCGCAGAGAAAUUCCGGUUUGUGUUCGUCAAUGAAUUGGCGGAGAGCGAUGUGCUGAUCUUCACGCAGCCCAUUAUGCUGCAACGAUUAGCGCAGUACAUCGUGCAUGUGAAGGUGCAGGCCGGCGAUUGGGUGGGGAAGAAGGGCUUGCCGCUGAUCGUGUGCGUGCUGAAUCCUCGAAGGAAUAUUUACUUGGUGACGGGAGUGAAUUGUUCGGAGCAGGGAGAAGAGGAGACGAAUCAGUUCCGCAUGAUGUUUGACACUGCGACGCGUCAAAUGAACGCUCGGUGCAGGUUGGAUUCGUUCAGCGGUUCGGUGAUGCAGAUCCACAAGGAUGAUAUGGUUCAGUUUAUUGAUCAGCUGCAUUGCAGUUUGAAGGAUUACUAUACAGAGACUGGAAGUUUAUAG